GCCUUGAGGCUGGAGUGGUCGGUUCAGUCGAGUCCGGGACGUACCUCUCCCUCGUCCUCGCCCUGGAGCAGUGACACAGGAGGGCAGAGUGCUUUCCAAAAGGAGGUUCUCUCUAUCUCUGGGUGGGGCAGGGGCAGGUGCGUACCGAUUCUGUGCUUGUGCUGACAGAUACACUUGUCUUGGCCGCACUCAGCUCGAACUAAAGCGCGAAGGACGAGUGGCGCUACCUGCGUUUUCCGUGCGUAAAAGUUCGACUUUACGCCUGCGCCACUGCUCCGUGACCAGCCACAGCGACUGUUUGGACACGGAGGACGCUCUUUGGAACCGGAACAAACUCCACCAAGUUAGUUUUUUAAAAUGGCGAAGGGAGUUUUCUUACACAUCUGCCUGUUUGUGGUUUUAUCCCGAGUUCAAGCCUGUUACAUCCCUCCAACUUUAGAGUUAAACGUUCCCCAUGAAAUACCUAAAGGAUCUACAGUAACAACAGUUAAAGUUGCAGACUGCGACAUCAAAUCUGUCCAGCUCAGUUGCAGUGAUCCUGAUUUCAGAGUUGAGGAUAAUGGAGCUGUAGUGACUCUUUCCUCUGUGUUUGUGAGUCUCACCGGGAGGACAUUUUUUGUGUUGGCUCAGGACAGAGAUGGAUCCGAGUCCGUCAUGAAAGUUCAUCUGCAUCAGGAACUUCAUCACAAUGAAACUCUGAGGCGGACCAAACGACACUGGGGCCUGCCCCCUCUGGACAUAAAGGAGAACGACAUUGGACCGUUUCCAAAAGUGCUUGAAAGAAUCCAGUCUACCACAGAACAGGAGUAUAAAGUGUACUACACCCUGACCGGCCCCGGGUACGAUCGGCCUCCUGUGGGAGUGUUCAGUUUUGACGAGAAAGGAAUGUUAAAGGUGACCAGGGCCCUGGACCGAGAGACAAAUCCACUGUUUGAAUUAGAAGCCAACGUUUACGACGUCAACACGAGAAGGCCCACAGAUCGAACCAUGACCAUCCAAAUCCGGGUUCUCGACUUGAACGACUGCGCUCCGGAGUUUUCUGGAUCGAUGGUUUUCUCCGUCCCCGAGCAAAGCAACAUAGGCACUGUGUGUGGUAAAGUCAACGCCACAGACAGAGAUCAGCCUGGGACGGACCACGUGGCGAUCCGCUACAGCCUGCUGUCCGGCACCAACCUGUUCAGCAUCAACGCCGAGACGGGGGUCAUCUCCACCGUGUCCAGCGCUCUGGACCGAGAGACUCAAGACAAGCACUUGGUGACAGUUGUUAUCAGAGACAUGAAAGGAGCUGCCAACGGUAUGGCCACGACUGGUACUGCAACGAUAACGCUGUCCGACAUCAACGACAACCCUCCGACCUUCAAACAAACCUCUUUCACGGCAACAGUCCAGGAAAACACGGCGGAAAAACUCAUCCUCCGCAUUCCCGUCGAAGACAAAGACCUGGUCAACACCGAUAACUGGUUUUCAAAGUUUGUGAUCACCAAAGGAAACGAAAAUGGAAAUUUCAGAGUUGACGUUGACCCCAAAACGAAUGAAGGACUUCUGUAUGUCGUGAAGCCUUUGGACUUUGAGAAAACUCCGCAGGUAAAGAUCGAGGUCAUGGCUCAGAACAAGGCGGAGCUGAAGGGGACGACGGCCCAGUGGAAGUCCGCCGUAGUGGACAUCACGGUCACAAACGUGGACGAGGGCCCCGAGUUUAUCCCUCCCAUCAAAUACCUGUCAGUGAAAGAAAACACCGCCAACGGCACCGUCAUAGGAACCUACACCGCUCUGGACCCGGAGACAAAGAGCAGCGCGGGCAUCAUGUAUUACAAAAUUACAGACCCGGGCUCGUGGAUAAACGUGGACCGGGCCUCGGGGGAGCUGAAAGUCGCCAACACCAUCGACCGAGAGUCCAGUUAUGUCCAGAACGGGCUGUACAACGUCACCGUGAGAGCCGUGGACGGAAGCUCUAAGUCGGGCACGGGCACAGUGGUCAUCCAGGUGGAGGACGAGAACGACAACAUCCCAAAGCUGCCCACGGGCGAGCUGGUGCUGUGCGAGAAAGAGGGGACGCUGGGGUCCGUGCUGCUGGUGGCGCAGGACGAGGACAGGAGCCCCUUCGCUGAGCCGUUUGCGUUCAGCCUGCCCAAUAACGACAACGGCCAGUGGAGCGUGACCAAACUCAACGACACUGCCGCCGUCCUCCAGCAGGUGAAGGCGCUGCACUUGGGGGUCCAUGAGGUGGACGUUCUCGUGACCGACCUCCAAGGCACCGGUAAAGAACAGAAGGUGAACGUGAGGAUCUGCAAGUGCGUGAACGGCGUGUGUCCGGCCAUCAAGUCGUCCAUCACGCUGGGGCCCUUCGGGUGGCUGGCCCUGCUGCUGCCGCUGCUCCUGCUCCUCCUCCUCUUCUUGCUCCUGAUCUUCUUGUGCGUCACGUCCCGUCAGAAGGUGCAGAUGGACGACCUGAAGGACAGCGGCGGAGUCCUGCUCAAGUCCAACACUGAAGCUCCGGGAGAGGAAGUGGACUCGAGCCUCCUCACUGGUCCCAUCAUGGUCGACUCCGGGGUCAAAGGGUCGGGGGUCAAUGACACGUUGUUAAACACAGGCUGGAUGGGCAACAAGAGCACCAGCUCCAUGCAGGAGAACGGCAUGUACAAGGGCAACAUGGCCACGGACACGCAGUACUUCACCAACUACGACGAGCAGUUCGGGAUGCAGUACGGGGACGGGCAGCUCCUCGGCAACGGGUACGACGGCAGGUUCCACACGCAGGACGCAUCCCUGCUCCACACCUGGCAGACCAACGGACGCUACUUAGACCAGAAGCUGUACUACAUGGGCGCGGAGGACGAGGGCCGCUACGCCGACGACAUCAUCCGCUCGUACGGCUUCGAGGGCGUGGGCUCGGCGGCGGGGUCGGUCGGCUGCUGCAGCAACUUCGGCGAAGAGAAUCUGGAGUUCCUGGACACGCUCGGGCCGAAGUUCAAAACACUGGCGGACGUUUGCUCCAAGAGAUGAAGACGACGAAAAAAACGAGACGCUGCGGACAAUUUGAAUGUAGAACACACGAGCGGAGAGAUGAACUAUGGGGAAAAUGAGAGUUUUUUUCAUGUUUGUGCGGCUGGAUGAUGUUUAAAAAAUGGAUUUUCUACUGAGAACAGACGCAGUGAUUGGUCUGUGUGUGGAUUAGGGCUGUUUAAUGCGAAAAUAACGUUGAAAAUUGCAGAAAUAUUGACAUUUUAACAUGAUUUUUAAGGUGGAAUCCAUAAUGUGGGUUCUUACGUUCAGUUUUUUAAGGAUAUUUCUUUAGUUUGCUUUAAAAAUUUGAUAGAAAAAGCUGAAAAAGUGCCAAUUUUGAUCUGAUCUAUGGACGAGAGACAUUUGAUACGAACUAAAACGGCAAAAAUGUAUUAAAUCAUAUUGAAUCUAAAAGAAAGAAGUGAAUGCGUGAGGUGCGUUUGGGGAAUGAAUGGACAUUUUAAUGUGUAUCUUCACUUUAAAGAUACAGUUUACUCGUAUUGUCUCUGUAUAUAAAGUACAUAUGUGUUUUUUUGUGCGAUAUCCUCAUAAUUUGGAGCGUUUUUUCAGUCUCGCACUUUUUUGUCAAGUAGUUGUUGCACAGGGCGUGUCUUUAUGCACAGGAUUUAUAAUAGCGCUUUUUUUGGACACUUAAACUCGCUUUUUUAUUGUUUAUUUGAGUAGGAACAGAUAGAACAAACAUAGAUUAGCAAUUUGGUAACCUGAAGCAAAGAUUCUAGUGUUUGUCGCUGAGGUAAAAAUCGCAAAACUAGCCCCUAGAAGAGCUUUUAAAGUGUUAAUUUCACUAAAAAGCUGUGGGAUUUUAUGUAGAAAAAGCGAUAAAUGCAAGAAUUACAAUAUCACACACUUAAAAACACAGAAACGCUCACAUUUUACUCUUUUUUUUCACACCGUUCACGUGUUCUGUCUGCUGUCUACACUCAUACCCGAGUGAUCGCAUAGUACGAAUACUUUCUGACGCUCUAGUGAUUUCAGAUUUGUUUAGUUUGUUUACACGAGCCGCAGACACAACAGUCUUCGUGCCAGUUUUCAUUCACGCGGACAAGUUCUCCAUAAAGCAGGUCAAAACGUUAGCAACUAAAUCAACUUUUGUCAUUUUAAACCGCGUUUCACCUUAAAUUUAAACUAUUUUCUCGCUUAAAACUGGUCAAAUCUGUUGAAAACUACACUCCUAUUUAUCAAACAUCCCCGAUCAGAUUGUGUUUUGCGUGCUAGCUCGCGCUGUUGGGGUUAAUUCGCUGGGGAUUAGCUUAACGCCGCCGUAAUAUGUUGUUUCAUCCACAUUUCUUCGCUCGUAUUGUUGAAACUUGCUGCGCCCCAGAUUAGCCCUGUUUAUCUGUACACACAUUCUUCCCAGGGCGUUGCCGCCGCGGCCGUGUCACCCGGCAGCAUUGCAACAUUCCUCCAGUAGCGAUGUUAAAGUUGGCACAAAGACGUGAACCUCGGAGCGGGAGGGGGCGUUAACCACUCUGCCGCUGCCCAGAUUCAAACAGGCUGCGUUCACGGUGUAAAAUCUGAUGAUGUCGUAGUUUCAGAUGGUGCUGAAAGGGGAAAAUCUGUGCGAGUUUAUGGGAUUUUUGCUGUUUUUCAAAUCCAAAAACGUUAAAACAUCUUAUUAUUUAUGCAUCCACAAAUCUGCAAUAUCAAUUUCAUGGUUUAAAGUCUUUUCAAGCAACAAUUUUCUGCAUUUUUGGUGAAAAAUAAUGCAACUUUUGUGUUUAAACAGCAAAUUCUGCCCAAAAACUCUCACCUGUCCUCGUGAACACAGCCUAUUAUCAAACUACUUUUACGAGUUUACACAAACGACUAAUAAAAGAAGGUUUUUUUUGCAAAUAAAUGAAUAUAUUAUAGAGUUUAGUUGGAUUUUUUGUGUAUUUGAGCUGUAACUUGAUGCACUAAAGCUUGUGUCUUGGAUUCAGUGUUACAGAUUUGCUUUUAUAAAUAUUUGGUGUGUAAAAGCGA